AUGGGAUUUGAAUGUGAAUAUCAUCAAGUCACAGAUUCGGCGAACGUUAUUGUGGGAAAAGAUUAUCUCUCGACCCUGGAAGUGCGUCUCAAGACCCUCGAAACAGCGCUUGCCAAUGUUCAAGGACAGCUGCACGAGAUCAGGCAUUCCAAUGAGCGAAAACCACGUCCGUCCAGCCCGUCCGAUUGCCAGGAGCUCACAAAUGGCAUCGUUCUGCAAGAUUCAGAGCGGGAAAGCGAACAGGUCGAUGCCAUGGGAGCCGUUGUAUUCAUGAACGAGGACGAAUCAGGUGACGUGGCUUUGCACUCUCCCGAGGGCGACACCAACUCAGAGAGGUUCAAAGAUGGAGGGUUGUUCAAUUUCUCAAAGUUGAACUCUCCUCAAUCUAAUCUCUCUAGUAAGUACAAGGGGAUAGUUGACAUAUACGCCAUUCCUCCCGAGCCCCAAGUGAUGGAUCUACUGCAUCGAUAUUUCAGCUAUCCAGGCUACUUCUUCCCAUACAUUCACGAGGACACGUUCAUCGAGACUUACAACCAAAUAAAGAAUGCAAAGCGACCCUCAGUGACAAGAUCCUGGCUUGGCUUGUUCAAUAUCGUUCUUGCAAUGGCUGUCAGUACGAAAAUUGAUAAGAACGUCGAUGCCGUUGAACGUUUUCACGAGUCAGAUAUCUACUACCAACGCGCGUACGGGCUUUGUGGCAAGCUUAUGCUACGAGGAGCGAGUCUGGAAAUUGUACAAUAUCUUUUGCUCAUGGGCCAAUAUCUCCAAGGAACUCAAAAAUCCAUUGAAGCUUGGGUGGUACAUGGUCUGGCGGUCAAGGCAGCAAUUCAGCUGGGGAUUCACUCAAGCGAGGCUUCCAAGCAUCUAACGCCACUUGAACGCGAGGUUAGGAAGAGGACGUGGUUCGGUUGCGUCAUUCACGAUAGGGCAUUGGCUUUGACCUUCGGUCGCCCUUGCACAAUCCCAGAUGAUUAUGUUAAGCUGGAAUUGCCCAAAGAGGAUGGCUUCUAUCCUGUCCCCAGCGCUUCGAACUCUUCGGAAGCGCGAAAUAGCAUCAAUAUUCAUUUCUUGAAUGCCACAAUCCAAGUGUACAACAUCCUCUGGGCCAUCAUUGAGCAGCUCUAUGGACAAAAUAUCGGUUGUGGAGGUAGCUUGAACACCAAUGAAAUUGUGACUCGACUAUUCAGCUUGGAGCAGAAGCUAUCAUCCUGGGAACAGGAUUUACGUCCAGAGCUCAGAUCUCUAACCUACGACCAGUUGAUGAUUAUGAGAGGACAGACCGCGCUGACAGCCAACCAAAGGGCAGCACAAACACUACGCAUUGUACUCACGCUGAGACAUCUAAAUAUACGUUUGCUCCUACAUCGGCCUAUUCUCGUCAAGUUCCUCGAGCCCGAAUCCGACUCCUUCGAUGACAUUCAUGAUCUCCAAAUACUGCGCCAAAUAGGCUCUCAUAGCCUUCAGGUUUGUAUGCACAUAGCUGAGGAGAUUAUUUCCAUAGUUCAUACAGUGGUCAUGUCACUGGGCACGACACGCACUACCAUCGGAGCAUGGUGGUACACUCUGUACUACACCUUCAAUGCAGCACUAGUUGUAUUCGGAUGCUUUCUCAUCGGCCGGUCGGAAGCCAACAUUCAUAGUGACUUCGCCAAGGUCACAGCCGCAGACACUGUAGCAUUAUUGGAUAAAGCUAUCGUCGCCACAGAGAAUGUCGAUAAAGGCAACCACAUCGUGGAUAGGUACAAACCAACAUCGAACAAUAUAACAGGCCCCUCAAGGGAGCUUGUCGGCAUGUCGGAAGCCGGAUUCAUGGUUGAUUCGGCAGACAUGCUUGGCUUCGACGACUCGACCUUUGCUCGACCGACACCGCGCAAACCUCUUCAGUCACAAAACAUCACACCCGAGAAACGCAUGGACGAGCCACCUGCAAAGCGAGCCAGACGAGCAGGCGACAGCAACUCUCGACCCUCACCAGAGCCGAGUUCCAGCGGUAGAAGCAAGACAGUGCGAGCGUCGCGGCGCGACGACGGCAAUAGUAGGCGAAACAGGUCACGAUCUCGAUCCUACGACCAGGGGGAUAGGCAGAAAGAGGACCACCGGUCUCGAGAGCAGUCGCAUCGGAACCGUGACCGAGAGCGGGAUCUUGAUAGAACUCGUGAUCGGGAUAGAGGUGCAAGAGACGAGGACAGAGACAGGGAGAGAGGCAACGGUGGUCGACAGAGUAAUGGCGCCGGUCAUCGUGAGCGGAGCCGGAGCCGGGAACGACAUCGUUCGUCGAAAGACCACCGUAGCGAACGGUCCCAUCGCCACUCACGUUCGAGGUCACCCGUGAGAAACGGCAAUAGUAACACACCAGUGCGCGCAAGAUCUCCACCCCGACGAUCCGACCACGAUCGGAUACGACCCUCCAACCACAUAAAACCCGAAGAAGACAGGCCGAAAGGUACUGCUACCGCUUCGUCUACCUCUACGAAGUCAGAUAAUGCCAAAGCACCACCAAAUGUCAAAGACGAUGCAAUGGUGGUUGACGAGGACGAAGAUGAUGCACUACUUAGGAGAAUGAUGGGUUUUACGACGUUUAAAACGACGCAGGAUACCAAGGUUCCGGGGAACCAGAUCUACGGCGUCAGAAAGGAGAAGAAGACUGAGUAUCGACAGUAUAUGAAUCGUGUUGGCGGGUUCAAUCGUCCGCUGAGUCCUUCGAGGAUGUGA